GCUUGAUUUCCGACUCUUUUCACAUGUUUUUUGAUAGUACUGCCAUUUUGGCUGGAUUGGCAGCUUCUGUUAUUUCAAAAUGGAGAGAUAAUGAUGCUUUCUCUUAUGGGUAUGUUAGAGCGGAAGUUCUGGCUGGCUUUGUCAAUGGUCUAUUUUUGAUCUUCACUGCUUUUUUUAUUUUCUCAGAAGGAGUUGAGAGAGCAUUAGCCCCUCCAGAUGUACACCAUGAGAGACUGCUACUUGUUUCAAUUCUUGGGUUUGUUGUAAACCUAAUAGGAAUAUUUGUUUUCAAGCAUGGAGGUCACGGACAUUCUCAUGGCUCUGGCCAUGGACACAGUCAUUCCCUCUUUAAUGGUGCUCUGGAUCAGGCACAUGGCCAUGUAGAUCAUUGCCAUAGUCACGAAGUGAAACAUAGUGCUGCACAUAGCCAUGACCAUGCUCAUGGACAUGGGCACUUUCAUUCUCAUGAUGGUCCCUCCUUCAAAGAAACAGCAGGACCCAGCAGACAGAUUUUACAAGGUGUAUUUUUACACAUUCUAGCAGAUACACUUGGGAGUAUUGGUGUUAUUGCCUCUGCCAUCAUGAUGCAAAAUUUUGGUUUGAUGAUAGCAGAUCCUAUCUGUUCGAUCCUUAUAGCCAUGCUGAUAGUUGUAAGUGUUAUUCCUCUUUUAAGAGAGUCUGUUGGAAUAUUAAUGCAGAGAACUCCUCCCCUGUUGGAAAAUAUUCUGCCUCAGUGCUAUCAGAGGGUGCAGCAGUUGCAAGGAGUUUACAGUUUACAAGAACAGCACUUCUGGACUUUAUGUUCUGAUGUUUAUGUUGGGACCUUAAAAUUAGUAGUAGCACCCGAUGCUGAUGCCAGGUGGAUUUUAAGCCAAACACAUAAUAUUUUUACUCAGGCCGGAGUGAGACAGCUUUAUGUACAGAUUGACUUUGCGGCCAUGUAGUGAAUGAAAAGAAAUUAUCGUUUUUUUUGGACCGAAUUUUUCUGGUACUGUACAAUCCAAAACAUUGUACCCAGCUUUUCAAAAUAGAGAAAUCAUCACUACAGCUGCCCAGCACCAAGUAGACCAGGUAGAAUCAGCUGUUUGUGCUCUGCAGGGAGUUUACAGAUAAGGGAUAAGAGUUAAGAGGGUACAUCUCCUGGACCUUUGGUCUUCUUUUGUGCUCUUCCUUCAAAACCAUUUUGAUUUCUGAAGUUUCUCCAUUUGUUCCAGCAUGUUGGUUUGUCCUUUUCUCUUUAUGCCUUUCUUUUGGUUUUGUUUUUUUUCAUGCUGAAUGCCCUCACCCCUAGUCCCUCAUCCCAGCCAGUGAAAAAUUCAGAUUGUGGGCCUCCAGUCAUCUGGAAUGUCUUCACUGAAGCUGCUGGAAACCACUGCUUUCAUUCCCACAAAACCAGUGUUAUUUAAAAAGGAAAAAAAAGAAAUGGAAAUCUGUUAUAUAUGUAAUGUCACAAUUGUUGACGUUCUUCAGUGUAAUCAUAUGUUUGUAAAAUUGUUUGUACCUUACAAACUUAUGAACCAAACCAUAUUGGGUUUUCAAAGUGCCUUUGUAUCAGAAAAAUGUAUUUGCCAGCAUCAAAGCCCAUGUAUUUGUUUUUUGUUAAAUGGUUAUUCUGUAAUCUGUGCAAAAUAAGAUUCUUGCUAGUAUGUAUACAGAUUCUUUUUGGGUGUACUUCCAGCAUAGGUUUCGAUAUAUCAGAAUUUUGCUUUUAUCUCAUCAAAAAUAAAAUGUGUUAUUUUGCUUUUUAAAAGAAGUUUAUUUAGCACAUUAAAUUACUUUGUGGACUGUGUUUUCAAAACUUUGGAAAUGCAUCUGUUAUAAGGAAAAUUGUUUUGACUUAAAACAUCUGCCAAAUUCCAAAUUUCUAUAAAAGCUACUGUGUCCGUGAUAAGCUUUCCUAUAUAAACUUCCCUAUAUCUUUCCUUCCCAUUUUUAUUGAUUUUAGUAAUGGAAGGAAAAGGCGUUGUAGACUGAGGCAAAAAUGGUUGUGACUGUUAUUGUACUUUUUAAUUCAUCAAAUGCCAACUGACCCAAUUUGUUUUUCCUGUUUAAGCUUUGCACAUAUACAGUUACUUUCAGGAAUCCUAAAGCAGCAUUUUCUUGAGUUUGAACUAUUGAAGGUCUGGAGCAAAUGUGGUGAUGUAGAACUCUUCCUAACAUAGGUAUCUGAGAAGUAAAUAAUAAGUUGAUUUUCUAGGUUCUUGUGUAUUUGAAAAAUAAAACGGCAAUUUGAGAGA